GUACAGGCGGUGGAGCUUCACGCUGAGAGCGAGUUGAAGGAGUGGGUCACUGCGGUGGUGAAGCUCGAGGUCAAUGAAGACGGCGGCGCCGACGUCCACUUCGAGGCGUUUCAGAUGAGUGAUAUGUGCGUAAGGUUAUUCAAGGAAGGGUGGUUCGAGACGGAGAUUGGUCCGGACGAUGAUCCGAAGAUUUCCAAGAUGAAGAAGGAGGUGGUUGUCGGUGUGAAGGAUGUUAAGGAGGUUGACAACGACUUCUUCCUCGUCGUCGUCAAGAUCUUGGAUCAUCAGGGACCUCUGUCAUCAACAUUCCCGAUCGAGAAUCGGAACACCCAAGGGACAGUGCGGAGCCUUAGAAACCAUCUGGAAAGAGCCAAGAGCCUCCCUUUCGUGAAGAGGAUCUCUGAUUUCCAUCUGCUCCUAUUUGUGGCACAGUUUCUGGACGUUGCAUCAGAUGUGCCCGCCUUGGCGGAGUGCGUGAGACUGCAGUCUCCAGUCCCCGAGGGCUAUGCCCUUCUCAUCGAGUCCAUGGCCAACACUGCUUAAUUAUUUUUUUUUGUAAUACAUGACCGUCGGUUCAAUGUACUACUACUAUUGCAUGUUCUUGUAGAAUCUUUUCUUAUUCUCAAUGGCAUCUGGAUAAGAAUACUCGGAAUGAGGAGGACUCUCACACACUUGAUU